AUGUCUAGCAAAUACAGCACGCUUCCCGAUAUAGACACACAGCCAGAUGUUUACGAGACACCUGAUAAUCCCGAGGACCCUGAAGGUUCAGACGAUGGGUACAUUCUUACAGAAGAGGCUAAUGAAGACAUUGUAAGGGACAAAAUUUCUGUGAAUGAUGCGGUUGACAAGUUUAAAGACAGUAUCGUUGAUUCUUCGAAAACAGAUUUUUCUGAUAGAUUAUCCCGCCACAAAAAGCAAAUGUAUAAAGUUUCCUCCAGAAAACCUUUGGAUACAACAGAAUAUGAAAUAUUACCAAGAGAAAAUGCAUCACAAGAGACACCUCUACAGAAAUUACAAAGAUUAAAGUAUGAAGUUCAAGAGCUUGAAGAACAAGUUGAAAAAAAUAAGGAUGAUCCGUCUAUUUUGCAAAUUUCCCAAGGAGACAUGAUCUCUCAGAUAACUCAUUUGCAAAAUGAUCUCAAUCGUAUUCAAGGUCUGGGUGAUUUUGGGAGUUCUUUAAAUGAACAAGAUGGCACUAUAAUUCGACAAGCUGAAUUAGGUAAAAGGUUAAUUCAUCAACUGGAAACAUUUAAAAAUAUUGGAUUUCCCAAAGAAGAUGGAAUAAGCGAUGAGAAAGAUGCGACCGCAGAUGAUGAUACUACAGUACAAGCAUCGAGCAUAGACAGCGGGAAGAACGUUGUCACUUAUGAACUUUACUAUUCUCCGGAAACUAUAAAAACACACGCUUUAGCUAAAACGUCGGAGCUUGAUGACCGCAUUUCUGCACUAGAAAAACUUGUGGGCACAUCACACGGACAAAACUUUGAUGACCUUUCACUUAACAUAACAAAUACAAAUCUAAUCGCGGCAGUCGAGAAACUUGAACAACACAUGCAACUUCUUGUCCAGCCGCGUCAUUUAGAAUCGAUUACAAGGAAAGUCAAGACAUUAACAUCGGAAUUAGAGAAAGUGAAUGAUUUGAAAAAUAAAGAACUCUCCAAUGGGGGUGUUAUUCCAUUUGAAACGGGAGAAAAGAUAAAUCAUCUCUUUAAUCUUCUCGAUAAGAUCGACCCUUUAAUUUCAAUAGCACCAGCUCUUGUUAACAGAUUGAAAGCUUUGCAACAGUUGCAUAAUGAAGCUGCUGUGUUUAAUGAUACUAUAAAAAUGCUAGCUGGAGAACAGGGUAAAAUUGGAGAUGAGCUCAAAAGUUUGAAUGAUGUUGCAGGGAAGCUCGAAAAAUCCUUAAAAGAAAACGAUGAUGCGAUUCAAAGCAAUAUUAAAGUGGUAGAUGAACGUGUUUCGGACCUUGCUCAAAGGCUGGAUAAGUUAUUAAAUAGUGGAGAAAUUGCAUGUCGCGUAAUUCGAACAGCUAAAGCAUUAGGCAUUAAAACAGUCGCGGUGUACAGUGAAGCCGAUAGGAAAGCGCGUCAUGUUAAAUUGGCCGACGAAGCCUACCUGAUAGGACCUUCCUCUUCAAGGGAAAGUUAUUUAAAUAUUGAAAAAAUAAUAUCUGUAGCCAAAAGAAGUGGUGCUCAGGCUAUUCAUCCAGGAUAUGGAUUUUUAUCCGAAAAUCAUUUGUUUGCCGAGCGUUUAUCAAUAGAAAAUAUUACAUUCAUUGGCCCACCAGCAUCUGCCAUUAUAUCAAUGGGUUCAAAAAGUGAAUCCAAGGAAAUUAUGACUGCUGCUAAUGUCCCUAUAGUACCAGGUUAUCAUGGUCCAAACCAGGAUCCUGUUUUUCUCAAAGGCAAAGCUGCUGAAAUAGGCUAUCCAGUUCUAAUAAAAGCAAUUAAAGGUGGUGGUGGCAAAGGCAUGCGAAUUGUCAACGAUCCAUCUGAAUUUAAUCUUCAACUCGAAUCUUCCAAGCAGGAAGCAAUCAAAUCCUUCGAUGAUGAUCAAGUUCUUAUCGAGAAAUAUCUCCUCACACCUCGUCAUAUCGAGGUGCAAAUUUUUGCGGAUAUACACGGAAAUGCAGUAUAUCUUUUUGAAAGAGAUUGUUCUGUGCAAAGAAGGCAUCAAAAAGUUCUUGAAGAAGCUCCCGCUCCUGGAUUAAGUGAAGAACUAAGGCAUGAAUUAGGGGAAAAAGCAGUGACUGCUGCCAAGGCUGUUAAUUAUGUUGGUGCUGGGACAGUGGAAUUUAUUUUUGACAACGAAACUCAGCAAUUUUAUUUUAUGGAAAUGAAUACUCGACUCCAAGUUGAACACCCAGUAACCGAGAUGGUGACCGAUACUGAUUUAGUUCAAUGGCAAUUAGAGGUUGCUGCUGGGAAUAAAUUGCCUCUCAUGCAAAAUGACUUGCGUCUUAAUGGCCAUGCUUUUGAAGCACGUAUAUAUGCAGAAAAUCCUGACACUAAUUUCUUGCCUGAUGCUGGCCCUCUUAUCCAUUUACAUACACCUCAGCCUUCAUCCACUGUUCGUUUGGAAACUGGUUUUGAACAAGGUGAUGAAAUAAGCGUUCACUAUGAUCCUAUGAUUGCAAAGUUAAUUGUUAAAGGGAAUGAUCGUACUGAGGCACUUCGGAUUCUGAGAAAAGCUUUAAAUGAUUACGAAGUUGUUGGCUUACACACAAAUAUCGAAUUUCUGAAAAAACUUUCAUCUCAUCCCGCCUUUAUUAAUGAAGAAUUGGAAACAGGAUUUAUUGAGAAAUAUAAGACAGACUUAUUCACAUCGAUAGGUCGCACUAAUCCAAUCAUCUUGGCACAAGCUGCCAUUUCAUUAACUUUAAUUGAAUUAGAAAAGGACCAAUCAAGAAUUUCGGGAACUCUGGAUCCUUUUUCUCCAUGGUCAACACUCACCUGCAUUAGGUUGAACACAAAGCACACGAGACACAUUUCUUUGUCCGAUUCUAAUGAAUCUGAAUCGAUUGUCGACAUACAAUUCAAAUCCAAUGGCACAUUUGAUGUUAAAGUAAAUCAAGGCGGAGAAACUUUAUCUAUAUUUACAGGCGUCAUGGCCAAAUGGAAUGAAGCUCAAAAACAAAUAAUUCUUGAUAUUGAUGAUCGAAAAUUACGUAGUCGCGUUAUUUUAGACAAUAAUAAACGGGUGGUUGUUUUUGGCGAGCACGGAAAAACUGUGUUGCAAAUUCCAACUCCAGCAUAUUUAAGUGCAGAAACAUCGGACGUUGUGGGCUCUAUUAAAACCCCGAUGCCUUGUAAAAUAUCUCAGAUAUUUGUUACAGUUGGUCAAGUAGUCGAAAAAGGAACUCCGCUUAUAGUUUUGGAAGCAAUGAAAAUGGAGCAUCUUAUUAAAUCACCUCUUCCUGGUAAAAUUGAAAAAAUAUUCUAUAAAGUUGGAGAUCUUGUCGAAGAAAACAAAAACCUUGUAGCUUUUGCAGAAUAA